GGCACGCGAUGCACAAGUUCAGGGUUGGGGAAUAUACACAGUUCAUCAUCCGUGAUUCACUGAACGUUCUACCCUAUCAUUCGGCCGUCCAUCGUCCGCCUGUCGACAGUUGUUAGGCAGCCUAUAUAGGACUCCAUCAAAAUAAAGCAUACAUUGUCUGCCCCCACACUACGUUUGUCAACAGUCAUCUUCUACGCCCGGCCAGAAGUCUUCAUAUGAUCAAUAAUACUGCUGGCUAUAUCCUAUUGUUGGCACUCACGAUCGUGCUCUAUGAUGUUGUCACCCAUCUGGAUGAGGAGAUCGACUAUAUCGUGAGGUCAAGGUUCACUUCCGUCAAGACUAUCUUUAUCUUGUGUCGCUACCUUCCGUUCGUUAUUGGAGCUCUGCGAAUGUAUGACGUCGUCGGGGAAGAUUAUAUCGACGCCAAUUUGUGCUUGGUGUUAUGUCGCACAAGCAUCUGGAUCUCUUUUCUGCAGAUGGCUUGUGUCGAAUUUCUUUUCAUUUUGCGAGCCUAUGCUCUGUGGGGCUGCAGUAAACGAGUCCUUUUCUAUCUCUUAGCUGCGUAUCUGACUACGUGUGUCAUAGGUAUCAGCUCCCUCCAAAUAUACACUGGGGCUCUCCCUGCCGAUGCAUGUUAUGGACCAGCCAACCCAGGCGCAUCAUGGCUCCUUACGAGCUUUGCGGCGUUGAUUAGUCUGGAAAUAGGAUUAUUUGGGAUGAGCAUUGCGGAACAAUAUCGUGUAUUUCGGAGCCAGCGUGGCUCUGAACAUCCUCAAUAUUGUUGGGAUCUUGCUCAUUCCGAUUGCGACAUGGCCUACUGGCAUCAUGGAAAUAGCACAGAUUCUCUUCCAGGGGUUGCUUGCAACACGCAUGCAACUCGAUCUUUGGAAAGCUGACCGCCGUGAAGCGGAAUCGACGAUGGUCACGAUGUCAAUGGCAGAAUUUGCUGUGGCGAGAUCUGAAUCCACAGUCUAUCAAGAUCCCCAUCUGGCAACACCCAACUGCUAAAGUAACCAGACUCUCAUUGGCUGACUUUAUGCACGAUUGCUAUACGGUAUCACCACGGUCCGUCCACAACUUGUCAUGUUUUUAUGUAAUGCAAACCACAUUAAUAGCACGAACUUCAUUU